GUUCAAGAAACAACGAGGAAGAGCAAAAAAAGAAGACAAAAAUUCUUAGAGGCUCCAGUGCUCUCUUCUCUAGUGCUCGUUCCUGGCUCCAUCCCCCAUCCACACUGCACGCUCCACCACCUACCUUACCCUGGUCGUAACCUGCCCGCCCGCCUACCACCAGUCCACUGUCCACCACACUGACAACUUAAGCGGCGGGUCCUUCUUUCUCGAACAAAAACAACCAGUAGACACACGCAGCCCGCCAGAAAGAGAGGUCCGGCCCAUUCGCAGUACUCGUCGUUGUCGUCGUCGUCCUCUCAUCUCUGCACCGGCCCUCUCCAACCUCACUCCUACCUUACCGUAGGCCGAGUUUGGUGGUUUACGCCUCCCGUGCCCGCCUCCUUUCGACCAACGCCAAUCCUCGCAUCUUCAAAAUUCUGUCCCUUCUGUCACCCCAACCAACACCGCCAACCCUUCAUCCAUCCGCCCUUUGUCGUCCUGUGCCUGUCCAGUGUUGUCCCGGAAUGAGGUAGCUUUUUCAAUGCCCUCAGCUCCCUGACAGGACUGAGCUCGCCCGCAUCGCAUCGCGAACCCGAUCUUCAGCGCCGUUGUGUCGACAAUCCCGACUUGAUUCGACACUCUCCCCCUCGAAACAUUCUGCCGCCCUCGCCUUCACGCCAUAUCACGUCCAACGCUCGCAUGAUCUGCGCGCUGGCCGUUGCACCGCGUACACAUGAUAAGGGAGCAUAGAAUACCUGCUGGCCCACGACCGGCGAACCAGUCCCCGACCAGACUUAAUAGGGGAAUCCCAGACUCGCAAACCAACUCACCCUCAAAGGGCUCAUUCGCCGGCGGUCCAAUGCUCAGUGCAUCUUCAGCCAACAACCACCCUCUUUUUUCUUUUGGACGGAAUGGCGCCGCGAACGAAGUAGCAGACUCGACACCUUCCUACGAUUUUCUGCCCUCGGUCAGCUUCGACGACCUCCAGAGCAGUCUCGAGUCGGCCUCACACGACUUCAAAUUGACUCAAUUUCCGAAUCCGACCGGUCAAGGUAGUAUUCUCGACUCGGAGAGCAUGACCGACAAGAUGGGCGGGGUCUCAAACAUCUCCCAGAAUGGCGCGUCUGCGCGUGGUGGAAUCCCACCUCCCGUCACUCGCCCUGGAAGAUCUGGUUCAAUCUUGAGAAGACCUAGCACGUCCAGCAGACAACCAAGCAUCUCAUCCAUCGCUUCUGGGCCUUCGUCCGCUGCAGACGCGUCAACGGCCGCAGCGAGGUCCCGACGACAAAGCCACUACCCUCCAGUAUCAAACACCAACAUUGCGAAGCCACCCAGGAAAUCCAUCGGCCCGGGCGUCAUUGAAACUGACUUUGGCAGUAAUACUGCUCAACGUCGAAGACCGAGCCUGAUGGGCACCGUUGGCAGUGGAACGGAUUUCUCUCGGACCUCGAUGGAUGCCGGUGCCGGCAUGGGCUUUGAGACUCCCCGGAAUCUCGCCAACAGUAGAGCGACAAAGGCCAAGUCGAUGCACCAGCCGCUUCCCCGAUCAAAUACUGCCAACUUAUCAACACCAGACAACACCCGCCUUUCAACGAUUUCUCCGAGAUCCCCUCGAGGCGGCAGCAAAGGAACUAAUAACGGUUCGGCCCAAUCAAAAAGGCAGUCUAUGAUGCCUGGGGGGCAGCAUGCGUCGCACGCAAGCGGACUUGGUGCCAGGACCAUCAGUCCUACGGACACGCGAAGAUUGAAGCGCAUGUCCAUGCACCAAACUCCGAGUCUCAACCAGGCGGCCAACGCGCCGCCACCGCCGCCGCUCGAGCAUCGAGAGCACUCUCGAUCACCAUCAAUGAUACCCCGGAAGACAUCUGCCACGCCAUCGUCCUCCCGGACGACCCCGGACAUCAACAGAAAAUCGUACAGCUCCGGCCUUUCCAUCACCUCAACCAACAGUUUCAAUACAGUGAGAACAUCUACAGGCUCAAUUCAACCUCGAGCGCCUGUCGCGGGAGGUACUACAUCGCGGCUACCGGCGCCAAAGUCGUCGAACCCGCAUAAUCAUAACCCCCAUUCCGCCGAUGACGAGGAGGACGUCCCACCUGUGCCUGCUAUUCCGAAAGCGUACGAAUCACCACAGCAGUCAGCCACGGAGGCAUCGUUUUUGGAUAAGCGCAAAGCCAACCUCGCAGCGGAUGCUAGCAGCAUCAACAGCAAUUCAACUGGCAGUUUCUCCAUACCAUCCCUCCCCGAACCCGCUGUUAAGGUCGCCCGAAAGGCUAGUACCCGGAAGUCGACGAAUGCGGCUCCCUUGGAUGCCGAAAAGAAGGGGAACGUUCCCCAAUCGAGGAAGAACCCUCCACCCGUGCGGCUGCCCCCGAUUACUGUCGGCCCGCUGAACCCAUCGACGACCGCGAAGAUUGCAGCUUUGGGCCAAAAUGGCCCUGAUCGAAACCUGAGCCCCCCUCCCUCACGCAUCAUCGCAAAGACACCGACUACCCCCAUGACCGCGUCGAAAAGCUCCUUCUUCUCAAGAAACAGACAGGACGACAAGUCUGAUUUCCCCAAUUUGCGAAGCAGCAGCACUGUGCACCACUCCCGAAUUGAUAGUGCAUCAGGUGCUGACGGCACAAGCUCGUCCGAGUCUUUCGCAGGGGUCCCGAUACCGGUACCUUAUAAAGCGACUAGAAAGCCCAGCGUGUCUCCAUUCUUGUCCUCCUCAGUGCCCAAGCCCGGCGCCGAUCCUGCUUUCCUCAAGAGGUCACAGACAGGCGACCUUGGAAAUAUCACGGAACCUCUCGAAGUAAAGCCACCGCAGAAACCUUCUGGACCCCGUGCCCAACGGCCUGUGAAAGCAAAGUCUCCCACGCCGCCAAUCUCGGAUCCGGAAGAACCACCUACUCCGUCCUCAAUGAGCUCUUUACGUAGGAAGUUAAGCUUGUCGUGGAAACGUAACACCUCUAAGACGGAUUCGAAAGCUAGCACAUCGGAAAAGACUGUUGAACGCAGCAUUAGUAAAGAGCAGAUGCCACCGCCGCGGUUGCCUAUUUCUGCAACGGUCGGGAAUCUUAGCUCAGCCAAGAACAGCCCAAGCCCGUCUGUCAAGGCGAGUAACUCGUACCUCGAAUCAAGGAGGAGAAAGAGCUCAGCAGCGAGCCUGGGCCAUGAUAGAACUAAGAGUGAGAACUGGACCUCGGCCUCCGUCCCCAAGACUGUCAACGACCCGCACAACCCUUCCGUCAUGCAGAAGAUUCUGCGCCCGAAGGCAUCAGCAACGACCAUGCGUCACCACGACCCGUGGACUGCUGAGCUCGACAAGGAUGACCUAGUUGCCGAGGAAGAGAUGAAGAAGAUGGGCUCGAGAAGGAAAGAGACGGAGAUCGCGGCUAGGACCCUCGACGCAUUACGGAAACGUGCGACGCCAAAGGAACGAGUCGGUGCCCAGGAAGCUAUUCGGAUCGCCAUGCUCAACAUCUAUGAGCGUGGUGAAAUCGUUGAUUACAACGAUGUCUACUUUUGCGGCACGCAGAACGCGCGCAAGAUUGUGGGCGAUCUUCAAUCUGAUGCCCCCAACUUUGGUUACGAUGACGAACGUGGAGACUAUACCAUUGUACCGGGAGACCAUCUUUCGUACCGGUACGAAAUUAUCGACGUACUUGGCAAGGGAAGUUUCGGUCAAGUUGUGCGGUGCAUUGACCACAAGACGGGUGUGCUCGUGGCUGUGAAGAUUAUUCGCAAUAAGAAGAGGUUCCAUCAGCAGGCUCUUGUAGAAGUCAACAUUCUGCAGAAGCUUCGCGAAUGGGACCCCAAAAACCGACACAGCAUGGUCAACUUUACUCACAGCUUUUACUUCCGGGGACAUCUAUGCAUCUCCACCGAACUUCUGGACAUGAAUCUCUACGAAUUCAUCAAAGCAAACGCUUUCCGCGGAUUCUCACUCAAGCUCAUUAGGCGAAUGACGAAACAGAUGUUGAGCUCCCUGAAUCUGCUGAAGCAGCACAAGGUCAUCCACUGCGAUCUCAAGCCCGAAAACAUCCUGCUUCGGCACCCGCUGCACUCGGAGAUCAAGGUCAUCGACUUUGGCUCUAGUUGUUUCGAAAAUGAAAAGGUGUAUACCUAUAUUCAGUCUCGAUUCUAUCGAUCACCCGAGGUCAUCCUAGGCAUGACGUAUGGUAUGCCCAUCGACAUGUGGAGUCUCGGAUGUAUCCUCGCCGAGCUCUACACGGGAGUCCCAAUCUUCCCUGGAGAGAAUGAGCAGGAGCAACUUGCCUGCAUCAUGGAGGUCUUUGGUCCACCAGAGAAGCAUCUUAUCGAGAAGAGCACCCGCAAGAAGCUCUUCUUCGACUCCAUGGGCAAGCCGCGCCUGACCGUGUCCUCCAAGGGCCGGAGGCGCCGCCCUAGUUCAAAGACACUGCAACAGGUCCUUAAGUGCGACGAUGAGGCAUUCCUGGACUUCCUUGCGAGAUGUCUGAGAUGGGACCCCGACAGGCGUCUCAAGCCUGAGGAAGCCAUCCACCACGAGUUUAUCAGCGGCAAGAAGAUGAGCGCUCCUCUGCCCCGAGUUCCGACGGCACGUGAGGCGUCGCCCGUGAAGCGCCACACCGUUGGUGCGCCGCGACCUCUUCCCGAACCUCCGGCUUCCGGGCUCAAGAGCGGUAUUCGAUCCCGAGACGUGAGCGGCGCGAGCCCUCACAAGCCCGUGUCAACGGCAUCAUCUCGCAGGCCAUCUGUAGCCACCAGUGGAACGGUUCACGUUGCUACAGCCAAACGAACCAGCACAGGCCAGGGAGGUGUCACCAUUGGCACUAGCAGUCUCCCGCGCGCGGCAAUUAGGAGCGUCAGCGCCAAACAAGACUUGGCUUCCGCCGGAGCCACUGCAGCCAUGAGUCGGAGGGGUUUGUGAGCAACACCCUCUCAAUGACUCUGUGGUCGCCGCACAUACAGAAGACGAAUAGAAGUAUUGAAGCGCUUGUUAGAUGUGGUUUAUGAGGCAUUGGGUAGUUGAUUGUUGUUUUUUUAUUCCCUCUCUGCGCUACAUCCCUUACGAACAGCGAACAUGUUCCUGCGCCAUGACCACGUUUGAAUGGAGUGACGCAAUACCCAGCACGAGAGAAAGUCACAACCGGGAGGAAAGGAGUCAAAUUUAGGCAUGAAAGGGCUGUUCUCUCCAUGAAGAGUACGCAGUCGGGGGUUGCGGGCUGAAAGCCCUGUUGUCAUAAAAACAAACCGCAUUAUUUUCUUUUCCCCCCAAACGUAUCUCCGUUUCUACGCAUAUAUAAACACACACGGAAGACGUGAGUCCGAGGCUCGCCGGUGUGGAGUAGUGUAUGGAGGAGUGGCUGGUUUCUCGGCCGCGACGGAUAGGGCCAGGUCCGGCUGUACGCGACCUGCUAUUUUGUGUGUUGUUGCCUAUCACGAUCACCACGAGAGAGAUAGAGAUGUAGGCAAAUAUAUGUAUAUUAAUAAUGACGAAUGGCCC